CGCACAAUGGACGCUUUGCCCAACAGAUUAGAAGGCAAAGUAGCCAUAGUUACCGGCGGUGCUAGCGGCAUUGGUGAAAGCACGGUGAGGCUGUUCACUAAAUACGGCGCAAAAGUUGUGAUCGCCGACGUCCAAGAUGACCUGGGAGUUGCUCUUUGUAACGAUCUAGUGUCUGAAUCAGGCGACAAUGUUAUCUACGUUCAUUGUGACGUCACACAAGAAUCUGACGUAAAGAAUGCCGUGGACACUGCCGUUUCCAAGUUCGGGAAGCUUGACAUCAUGUUUAACAAUGCCGGAAUACCGGGGAACUUGGAUUUCAAGAUCUUAGAAUCUGAGAACGAAAACUUCAAACGGGUUUUUGAGGUCAACACGUUUGGAUCAUUCUUGGGAGCUAAACAUGCUGCUAGGGUUAUGAUCCCGGCAAAACGUGGAGUGAUUUUGUUUACUUCGAGUUCAGCUUCAGUUGUUUCCGGCGAGUCACCACAUUCUUAUACUGUGUCAAAACACGCGGUGGUGGGAUUGAUGAAGAAUUUGUCUGUGGAAUUGGGACAAUACGGGAUUCGAGUGAACUGCAUUUCACCUGGGUCUGUGUCGACGCCGCUGCUAACGAAUGCAAUGGGGUUGGAGAAGGCGGCGGUGGAUGAUAUUUUAUGUGCUGCGUCAGUCUUGAAAGAGGUGGUGCCGACGGCUGAGGAUAUAGCGGAGGCGGCAGUGUAUUUGGGGAGCGAUGCUUCGAAGUUUGUCAGUGGGAUUAAUCUUGUGGUGGAUGGAGCUUACAGCACCACCAAUCCGACUUACACUAAGAUAAUUAAACAAACGUUUGAAGCCUUGAGCAAAAAAACAUAAUCGCUUUAAUCCUAUCUUUUAUAGAUUAUAUUCUGGAGUUCAAUUUAAAAUGUUUUUAACGGCUUAAAAUCUAUGAUGUUAAAAUAAUCUAUUUAAUUCCUUCAAUUUGAUGUUUUUAUGGAAUAAAUUGUAUGUGUAUCCAAAAAUAUUUCAAACUCUUGCAUGCAGUAG